AUGAGAGAAGAGAACGAGUCUUCUACCACGGAUUUCACUCUCCUGGGAGUUACAAGGCAGCCAGAGAAGGAAUAUUUCUUCUUCAUCCUCUUCCUAUUCAUUUACCCCAUCACAGUGAUUGGAAACAUGCUCAUCAUCCUAGCAAUUCGCUCUGACACUCGCCUUCAUAACCCCAUGUACUUUUUCCUUGCCAACCUCUCCCUUGUUGACAUCUUCUUUUCCUCUGUAACUAUCCCCAAGAUGUUGGCCAACCAUCUCCUGGGUAGCAAAGUCAUCUCCUUUGGGGGAUGUCUGGCACAGAUGUAUUUCAUGAUAGCACUGGCAAACACAGACAGCUAUAUACUAGCUGCAAUGGCAUAUGACAGAGCUGUGGCCAUCAGCCGCCCACUUCAUUAUGCAACAAUUAUGAGUCCACGGCCUUGUGUCCUGCUGGUUGCUGGGUCCUGGGUGAUUGGAAAUGCCAAUGCACUUCCCCAUACCCUUCUCACAGCUAGCUUGUCCUUCUGUGGCAACAAAGAUGUGGCCAACUUCUACUGUGACAUUACUCCUUUGCUCCAGCUGUCCUGUUCUGACAUCCGCUUCAAUGUGAAGAUGAUGUACCUUGGGGUGGGCGUUUUCUCGGUGCCACUGCUGUGCAUUGUCAUCUCCUAUGUCCGGGUCUUUUCCACAGUCUUACGGGCUCCAUCCACCAAGGGCUUCCUCAAGGCCUUGUCCACCUGUGGCUCUCACCUGACAGUGGUGUCUUUGUAUUACGGGACAGUGAUGGGCAUGUAUUUCCGGCCCCUGAACAGUUACAAUCUGAAGCAUGCAUUGAUAACUGUGAUGUACACAGCAGUGACCCCAAUGCUGAACCCUUUCAUCUACAGCCUGAGGAACCGGGACAUGAAGGCUGCUCUGAGGAGACUCUUCUGUCACAGUGCUUCCUCAUCCCCCAUGUGAGACCUCACACUGUGGUUCCUCCAUCAGAAGCCCUGGGAAAUCCAGCUCCAAUAUCACCCCUGCAAGGAGCUGCCUGCCAUCUUUCCAGCUUGAAAUCCCUUCCUCAGGAGCAUUCUCAUGUUUUGAGGAAGCAACUCAUGGAAUGCACUAAUUUCAAUGCAUUUCUGCUCCCUUGGGCAGACUGUAGCACUGGGGACAGUUCUCACCAGCCUGCUGACCAGAAGAGUGGAGUUGAGAGUACAAGCAUUGACUUCAACAUGGACAAAAUAGGGCUGAUACUAUCUAUUCUGCCUGUGUCACAGGAUGUGGUCCCUGCAGCUCAUGCUUUAAAGACUAUAGAUCACUGUUUGCAUGCACAUUUUAUCCAUUAUGUUCAAUCACUCCGUUUGGCUUAUAAGCAUGUGUGGGCAAGACCUGUGACAACAUAUGGCACUUUCUUCACAAUCUUGGACAUACAAAGUACAUCAAUAACUCUUAAUGGAUAUGAAAUAAGUGGAUGAAAGUACUAG